AUGGCGACAUCUGCUGUGACGGGGAAAUCCACGCCUGCAUCUGCUAGCAAUGCAUCCCUCCGGCUGGAGAAGAGCCAUCCCGGAGUUCGCCGCUCGACUCCCGAUUCCGAAGCUCUGGCUUCUUCAGAUGACGAGGUCGAGCAACAUCAACAGACACCGACCGCCACGAGUGCACCAGCGCCUAAACCAGCGCGGCGCACAUCAUGGCUGAACGAAGUGCCACAGACUCUGCCUAGGAAAGCUUCACUGACUACAGGAGGGCCUCUUGCUUCGACAGGUUCCAAUCCUUCGACCCCUGCAGCUGACCAGAGCCCGUGGGCUACCACCACGAGCCCAAGCCUCAGUGGUUCUAUAUCUUGGGGCCAUGGUGGCAGUAACUUCCCUUGGGGGACCGGUAUUUGGAACACUGAGUCACGCAAAGAGCCUCCACCGCGACUCAGUGAGUUAAGCCUCUCACCCACAAUGCCAAAUCCGCCAAAUACAAGCACCGGUGCUGCGGAUGAGGUUCUUAGUCCCACCUCUCGAACACUGCCCGGCGAUUCAUCCAUCCCUUUCACAAUUCCUCUUCAUCCGACCCCCAAGACAUAUCGCUCACAGUCGUAUUCUGUCGGACAGCUCGAUCCCGAGACAGUCAAAUUGAUGACUGCCAAAGCGGCUAGCUAUUACAAUACCGGUCGUGGGAGAAAUGGUGGUCCGUAUACGGGUUUACAGCAUCGAUCUUCUCGACCAAGCUUACUGGGGGAGCUAGGUCACGAUUCUGCUUUGCUGGGUCAGGUUCGCGAGGACGAUGAUGGCGAAGACAAGGCGAAUGAUUCCGACGGCAGUUACUCUUUGGCUUCGAAUCAGGCACGCACUAUCGAACAGUUGACGAGAGAGAAUGCGCUCCUGCGUCAGGCAGCCGGUCAAUUGGACAGUGCGCGUUUAAGGGACCGAGCAGCGUCUUCUGCUUCGGCCAACAUUGCUGGCGGUAUUCACAACUUGCAUCGCAUACGCGGUAGCGUUCCAGAAGAGUCUGACCUUGCUGUAGAAGACUUGGAUGAGCUGGGCGAUAUUCCUGGUUACAGCAACAUUCGGAGUAAUGCCAGGAGAAGAUUCUCGGAGCAUUCUGCUAAUCUCGAGAAGCAAUUCCCGACGUUCGCCUCGCUGGAAAACAGACCCCUGGAGAAUCUCAAAAGAGCUCACUGGCAGACGUCCCUUGGCUUUGGCAGCAUCAGCGAGCUUCCGCAGAGUCGGCGACACUCCUUCGCGGAUAUCCCUCCAAGACACACAUCGAUCAGUUCGAUCGGGGAGUCACAGUCUCACAUAGGUUCCGUGAAUUCUCGAUCAGGCCCGGGAGAUCGAGAAGAAGGACUUUCCAACAUCAUGGAUGGAACCAUUACUACAUCCCCGGGAGAGAACCGUGAGUAUUACCAUUUUCGCCCGACCCGUCACCUUCAACAGAAUGAAUUAGAACUGGAGCAUUUACGAGCGAGAGAAUUUGCAGCAUCGUACUUUUCCGGUCGCGAGAAACUUCACGCCGGUGCCGAUUCGCUUCCUUCGUCCGCAAUUCCCACCUCGCUGCACCAGGCGUAUAAUAUGCCGACCUCCUUUGGCCGCCCACAAGCGGGAUUGACCCAGCCUCACCAGAAUCAGCUCCUGUAUAUCGUCACGUUCAAAUGCCACCGGGCGGAUGUCUUUUACAUUCAAGAGGACACCGGUCUUCAGGUCAAACCUGGUGACCUUGUCAUCGUAGAAGCGGAUCGCGGCACGGAUCUGGGAACCAUCCAGCAUGCGAACGUCACCUGGCAACAGGCGCGGGAACUGAAAGAGAAAUAUGCGGAAGAACAUUACAAAUGGCUGAUGAUGUUCUCUCGACAAGCCCAAAAUGGAGCAUCGAUCCCUCCUAGUCGUAGCGCAAUAGGUGGCAUGGGACCAACGGGCUCACACGGCCAUGAAUCGCAGGCUUCAGAUAUCAAACCCAAGCUGAUCAAGCGGCUCGCCCAGAACCACGAGAUCUUGACCCUGCGAGACAAGGAAGGCAACGAAGCCAAAGCCAAGCGAGUCUGUCAACAGAAGGUUGCUGAACAUCGGCUCAACAUGGAAAUUCUAGAUGCCGAGUUUCAGAUGGAUUGGAAGAAAUUGACCUUUUAUUACUUUGCGGACACCUAUAUCAACUUCAACCCUCUGGUAACCGAUCUGUUCAAGAUCUACAAGACCAGAAUUUGGAUGUCUGCUAUCAAUCCUGCAUCUUUCGCGUCGCCCCAUGCUGGCCUCCCACCUCCAGGUGCGAGUUCCGUGGGUUAUGGUCAAGAGACAGCGUCCGACCGUCGUCAUCAGCAUGAUCUCAGAGGAUACAAUCUCCCUCAAUUGUCAACGGCACCGGGCAAUCUUCGAGAUCCCCUGGAUUCCCAGAGGGAUGCUGUCUCUAACCCCGUCGGCGGUCUUCGUAACGCUUACAUGGACCCUUACCAGUCUUUUGGCCCGGCCGGUCGCCAGCCAGAGAUGGGAUUUGGUCACGCCGUUCCACAAAAUGAUCCGUUUUCAUCAUACCCGUCAACCGGUUAUGGAGCGCUGGAUCCCGGAGUGUCGGACUACACUGCAGCAAACAUUGCCGGUUCUAGCAACGGACAGAGAAUCAAUCCGACUCAAGGAGACUGGGUCAACAGAUUUCAGGGCCUGUCUCUCGGGUCGAUUCAGAAUGCAGACGAAUUGCGGUAA